AUUGCCGGUUGGGCAGGGACAAGGAAGACGGGUACCUGCUGCUCCUCUAUUAGCCUGAACCUGACGUGUUUUCUGCUCAGUCCGGACAUCAUUCCGCCUCCUCACCUCUUCGUGGACCUUUAAACAAAUCAAGGCUGAAACAUGGCUCAGAAGAUCAAGGCCGGCUCUGUGGUGGAGAUGCAGGGAGAUGAGAUGACUCGAGUCAUCUGGGAGCUCAUCAAGGAGAAACUCAUCUUCCCGUACCUGGAGCUCGACCUGCACAGCUAUGACCUGGGAAUGGAGAGCCGCGAUGCCACAGACGACCUGGUGACGGUGGAGGCGGCGGAGGCGGUCCAGCGCUACAGCGUGGGCAUCAAGUGCGCCACCAUCACGCCAGAUGAGAAACGCGUGGAGGAGUUCAAGCUCAAGCAGAUGUGGCGCUCGCCCAACGGCACCAUCCGAAACAUCCUGGGAGGCACCGUGUUCAGGGAGCCCAUCCUCUGCAAGAACAUCCCCCGCCUGGUGCCCGGCUGGACCAAGCCCAUCGUCAUCGGCAGGCACGCCCACGGAGAUCAGUACAAAGCUACAGACUUCGUGGUGGCCGGUCCUGGGAAAGUGGAGAUGACCUACACCCCCAAAGGCGGAGAGCCAGUUAAAUAUGUCAUCCAUGAGUUUGAGGGCACAGGGGGAGUAGCGAUGGGGAUGUACAACACGGAUAAAUCCAUCAGGGACUUCGCCCACAGCUCCUUCCAGAUGGCUCUGUUGAAAGGCUGGGCGGUGUACCUCAGCACCAAGAACACCAUCCUGAAGAAGUACGACGGCCGAUUCAAGGACAUCUUCCAGGAGAUCUACGAGAAGGAGUACCACACUCAGUUUGAGGCCAAAGGCAUCUGGUACGAGCACCGGCUGAUCGACGACAUGGUGGCUCAGGCCAUGAAGUCUGAUGGAGGCUUCAUCUGGGCCUGCAAGAACUACGACGGAGACGUGCAGUCCGACUCUGUGGCACAAGGCUACGGCUCUCUGGGUAUGAUGACCAGUGUGCUCAUCUGUCCUGAUGGACGCACCGUGGAGUCUGAGGCGGCGCACGGCACCGUCACCCGCCACUACAGACAACACCAGCAGGGGAAGGAGACCUCCACCAACCCCAUCGCCUCCAUCUUUGCGUGGACGCGGGGCCUGCUGCACCGGGCGAAGCUGGACAACAACACAGAGCUGCGGGUCUUCUCUGAGGCGCUGGAGGCCGUCUGCGUGGAGACCAUCGAGGCCGGGUUCAUGACCAAGGAUCUGGCCAUCUGCAUUAAGGGUCUCGCAAGCGUGACUCGUGCUGACUACUUGAACACCUUUGAGUUCCUGGACAAGCUGGCAGAGAACCUGAAGAUAAAGCUGGCUAACCCACCCAAACUGUGAUCUCCCUACACACGCAUACCCCCCCCACACACACACACACACACACACACACACACACACACAUACAAACACAGGAGGUAACACUGGAGACGAAGAGAGAUCUAGAGACUGAUGGAGCAGGGAGCCUGGUCCAGGAGGAAGAGGACUUUACUGUAAGGCCUUGAUCUCUAGUAGACAGUAAAAAACCCUGUAGACAUUAGGACGGUCACCGGGUGAUUGACCCAGUGUCUUUGUUUACCCAGAAUGCACUAGGUCCCCUGUGUGUGUUGAUCUGUGUGAGGGAGCCUCUCCACCCUCACUGCCUUACUCGUGUUGUGUCAAAGUCAUCGGUUCAUUCUCAUCCGUCGUGCAGUGUUUUAACGAUGUAUCGAGCAGCGCUUUGGGCCAUGAAGCCCUCAGCGUGGUCGUGAAGAGGCUGUGCACACCGGGAAGUUUUGCUGUUUUGCAGCACAAACAUUUUGGACGGUGACAGAUUCACUGCUUUUAGAUUUUAUACCGCGAUUAACUUCACCAGUCAGUCGUUGGCGGGGUAUUUAUUUGUCCUUCCUGUGUGUGCCCAUCCGUCCAGUAUGUCCAUAACCUGCCAAAUGAAUCAUCCUCAUCUGUUGGUUUGCUAUCAAACUGACGCCUGUAUAGUCAGUAACUCUUAAUAAAUGAGUUUUUGAAGAA